AUGGCCGGUGGCCUCCUAGAGGAGGCUCGCCCGGCUCUGCAGACGGCCGUGUUGCCGCGCUGCGCUGCGGCCGGGCUCCGGCCUGUCCCUAAGUGGGGCGCAGCUUCAUUUGCCCAGAGGGCCCGGCUCCCAGCACGGCGUGGGACUGCGCCGGACGUCGCGACGAAGCCGUGGGACAAAGAAGCAAGAGCGAGCCGCAGGAGCGGCCUCUUCGGGCUCAAGAGUGGAACGGCGAGGCAACAGCGAGCUUCAGCGUCGGCGGCUUCGAGCCCAGCAGUGGAGCAGCAAGAAGCCGUGGGACCACGAGGCAAGAGCGGCAGCGUCUUCGAGCUGAGAGCGGAACGGCGAGGCAAGAGCCGGCGUGGAGAUGAAGAGGGACGCGAGGGGCCCUCUGGGCAAAGGGCUUUUCCAGGCCAGGGCACCUUCAGGGUGCCGCGGCUGUGUUUGCGCUGGGCGACCUCCCUGCGUGCAGGGCUGGUCCUUGCUGUGCUUGGGCCUUUUGCCCUUGUGCUCCUUUGGCUGCCCGGAGAGAGGGGCGACCCCGUAAAGGAGGGUGAGAGCCCCUGUCUCCGCACCGCAGGGGAAACGGAGCUCUCCGGCCCCCCGCCCAGCUACCCUCUGGUGUGA